CCUGUAACAGGUGUCUGGGCUACCGAAUCCACACAACGCAAGAGUUUCUGGACCCGUUUUUAAGUAUUAUUUUUUUAAUAAUACAAAUUGUAAAAUAUUUAAGUAACUUUUUUUGUACGUUUUUUAUUAAGUAAGUUUUUUCAUUUGGUGAAUUUAACCCAUUAAAAAUCGUUGGAUUACGGAAACUGCGCUCAUUUAUUCAGAACAACUAGAGCUCGAGCUCUUCGCUUAAUUCUUUCCUCAGCGUUUCUAAACCGAUAUUGUGAUACAGUAACUUAUCUUGAAACCAUACUGCGAGAAGAUGGCAAAUAAAGGAAUGCAGCUCCUAGGGUUUUCUCUGUCGAUUCUCGGUUUAAUUGGGCUCAUUGUUGGCACAAUCUUGCCCCAGUGGAAGAUGUCUGCCUACGUUGGAGAUAAUAUUAUCACAGCGAUAGCGAUGUAUCAAGGCCUUUGGAUGUCGUGCGCUUCUCAGAGCACCGGGCAAAUUCAGUGCAAGGUGUAUGACUCCAUCCUUCAACUCGACGGUGCUCUCCAGGCAACUCGUGCCCUGAUGAUUGUAUCAAUCAUUGCCACUGUAAUGGGACUGGGUGUGGCCAGCAUGGGCAUGAAGUGCACUAACUGUGGUGGUGAUGACAAGGUCAAAAAGUCUCGCAUUACCAUGACAGGCGGUAUAAUCCUCAUAGUUGGAGCACUCAGUAGCAUUGUUGCCUGUGGCUGGUUUACAAAUCAAAUUGUCCGGGACUUCUACAACCCUUUCACACCAGUCAAUACCAAGUACGAGUUUGGUUCAGCCAUUUUCAUUGCCUGGGCAGGCGCUUUCCUGGACAUAAUGGGUGGAGUCAUGUUGGCUGCAACCUGCCCAAAGGGUAAAGCAUCUCCCAAGUCCCAAUACCCCAGGUCCUCCAGACCACCAAGCAGCAGCAAGGAGUAUGUUUGAGUGGCAUCCAUUGCUCACAAAUUGGAGAAGACCUUAAAGAAUUGUGGAGUUGUGGUAGAACCUUCCCUGGCCAACUAAUCUGAGAACAGUUUAGAUUUUUAUUUCAUUUAUUGUUAUUGAAAGUAGGCUUAGAAUAGAACAAACAAACAUGUCAGAUUAAUGUUCUGGGGUCAAUUUUACUGACGCUCGGAUAUAGCAGCCCACCUCAGAUAAAGAAGUGCUUUCCUAUUGAUAUAACGCACAAUUUUAGUCUUUUACAGUUUCUAUUAUAAAUUGUUACUGAUGUGAGUUGGAAAGAGAGGUUACUUCCCCAGUGUGUUCCAAAUAUCAUAAAACUGCCAUGUUUAUUUAACAUGAGGGAAGGAAUGCUCAGGGAAAAUAAUUACUCAUACCCCUAAGUUACAGCGCAUCUCUGCUACUUAAAGCCAUGUUCUGAUCUUCUCUGCUUUGCUUGCUGUGCUUCUUCUGAGCAAAUAGUUGUGCCAGAUACUAGGAUACAUAAAAAGAACAAUAUGAUAUAUUGCUGUUUUUUUUCUUCUUCUUUCUUUUAAGGUCAGAGUGCAAAUAGGCUAACUCAUGCAAAGUUCUAGUUCAUUUUGCAACAUGAUUUCAGUUUGGUUAAUGUGCCACUGAAACCUGUCUUUUCAAACAAUUUUCAUUUUAAACAAAUCAACAUCCUCAAAGGGAAGCACUACUCACGAUUACACUGAUAACUGUGUUAUUGAAAAAGGAUUAUUGAAAGGAAAAGGCUACACAUUUGUUCCUGUUGCUAGGGAGACCGACUUAAUGGUGCUGUAAUAACAACAUGCAUGAAAAAUACCAGCAAAUUGCUGUUUCAGUCAUUAUCAGCAGAACUGCCCGAAGAGGAUUUUUGUCUAUGAUGAAUAAAAUGUUUGGGUAUUACUAGAAAAACUCCCAACAAAGCACUAAACCGUUCACAUUUUACAAGAAUGUCAUGGAUCUGUCAGUUUCCUUGACCGAGCAACAUGAUCAAUGCUUUUCACUUUUGCUUUGUCAUGAUCAAUGUUGUGCUUCACUUUUAUAACAUUAAGAACUGUUUUAAAACCAAAGGAAUGGCUCUUUUUGUAUUAAGUGAAACUUUUCAGUGCCUUUGUGCUCCAGUGUCGGCCUUGUUGUGUACAUUUAUAAAGCUAAUAUGGUACACAUGUUUUCAAAGUGCUCUUAUUUCAAACAGGAGAAGAAAAAAGGCUGUAGAUUAGUUGACGCUUUGUUUUAUCACAGCUGGUUACAAACCAGGUGUCAUGUGGGUGAAAUGUUUCUUUUCCUUCAGUUUAAAAAAAAUAUAUAUAUAUAAAAUUCUUUGUACUUGGACCACUUGAGGUGGGCUGCCUCUGUUACAAUUAUGUUAUAUUUGUGACCAACCUAUGCAAAUAUUUAACUUUUAAUUUUUUUGUCAGUGCAAGUUUGCAAAUUAACAAUUGUAUGUAAAUAAAGAUUUGUGUGUUUUUUUUUUUUUUAAUGAGACUUGGUCAGUGUCACUUUCUUGUGUGUCAAAUCAAUGAUUUGGCAGUUUCCCCAAUGCCUAUAUGCAAAUCCUCAGUCAAUUCCUCAUCAACAGGUUCCCCUUGAUUUGCUGUUCUAGAACGAUUUGAAUGUAGCCUAUCUACAUGGCUAGGCAUAUUGUAGGCUAAAUGCUAAAGUAUCCUUGUAUUAGAUCAAGCCACCUACGUGUAUUUCACGAAUGAUAUGCUGUCAAAGGGACUUUAAUUGAACAUUAUGAUGAAACCCCUUUGUUCACAGUGUAUACGGAUUAUACCUAGUAGAACUGUAAAACAAAAAGUUUGGUACUUUCCAAAUUGUUUACCUUGCGAAUGUGUAUUGCUCUCUGCUUCUCUCCACUGGUUAUGUGCCGCCAAUGCAGCUCUCCUUCCGUCAGGUGCUGUGACUAGGAAGACCACGCCCUGUCCAUUCGUAAGAAUGACGAAAUGAUCUAGGCGAGUAUACGGUAUCCCUCUCACUUAAUUCAUUUCCCCAGACAUUAAACAUGUAGCCUUUGUGGGCAGACAAACGUGUUUAUAUUAAAAUAACGUAGUCGA